GAUAUAAUGUGAAUUAACGUUAUGUUAUACAAACUGGAAGUAGUCGCCUUCCCGUCACUCUCAGCAGCACAACACUGAAAAAUCUAUCAAAGUCUAUCAAGGUUCUUCAAAAUCCAUCAAAAUGCUGAUCAAAGUGAAGACACUAACCGGGAAAGAGAUUGAAAUUGAUAUUGAGCCAACAGACAAAGUUGAGAGGAUUAAAGAAAGGGUCGAGGAAAAAGAAGGCAUACCACCACCUCAGCAACGACUCAUAUUUUCUGGGAAACAGAUGAAUGACGAGAAAACUGCAGCCGACUACAAAGUUCAAGGUGGUUCUGUACUCCAUCUUGUGUUGGCUCUCCGAGGAGGAUUUAGCGGAUGUUAAGCCAACGAGAUGUUCCGAGACUUACGGUGUAUCUCCAGUAUCCUGCACUCCCUGUAUCCCUCCCUUGAAGAAUGAGUGCAUACACUUCAGAAUGCUUUUAAGGAAAAGCUACAACAUGAGUAACUGCACAGGGAGCCUAAUGAAUUGCACCUUCUUCCAGCCAGGAAAGAAGAGCUAGUCUUUCCUUACACAUAUAAAGCGACUACAGUAAUGUAAGAGAUUUAGUUUAAUUAUACACAGUUGCUCUUGAUGAAAACAGAUAGUUUUCUCUGAAGUGCUUGCAUAUUGCUAUAGCUUUUGUAAUCAUGUGCUUAUUUCAUGAAUAUCUCUAUUGAAAUGUUUCACUGCAUUGAUGCAAUUGGCUCUGAGAACAAAUUUGGACAUUUACAGCACAAGUUCGUACGAACUGUUCAGUCAAGAUUUUCUUGACGGUACUUCCUAAAAUUAGAUUGAAACUUUCAUAAACAAAUUUAUACUCGUGAAAAUUUUGUACUUUAUUUACAUAAAGCUGUACAAUGGUAUAGUGAUGCCAACAAGAUGUGGAAAAAGACAACUUAUUUGCAGUUUAGGACAUUUAUUAGGGAAAUGUUUCUCUGUGUAAGGACUGAAGAAGCCACUAGUGGUAAAACUUUUCCUCUAAUAAAUAUCCUGAACUGUACUUCAGUAUCUUUUUUCCACACUUAAAACUGUAUUGUAUUCUGGGAAUAGUUAACCUCAAAUAUGCUUAUUUGUCCUUUAUGCAAAGCAUGCAAUAACUACUAUUGUUUACUAUAAGUAACUGCAUGUUUUGCAGAUGUAUUAAAGAGUUUAUUGAAAUCUUCCACUUGUGAAGAGCUGUCUUAAUUUGCCAGAUCUGAGUGCUGUGCUUCCUGUUCACCAGCUUGAGGUAAUAAAAUGAAGCAGAAAUUUGUAAUAUAUUCUGACUUCUAGGAAUUCAGUGGAGGAUCAUGUCAACAUUGUCUCGUAUGUUAUGAAACUCUUAUUAAACUUCUUUUUGUAAA